GGUAUGUUUUUCAAGAGAAAAUGAUUACGAACGAAAGGAUUUUACAUUUAAUGGAGCAGCAUUAGAAUGAGUGUCCUCUUUUCUCAAUUUCUGGGAGACGUCAAGCGGUGCUAGAACACUUUUAUUUUGAUUGGGUCCCUCCUCGUUGGCAGUAAGGUUAGAAACACUUGUCAAGAUGGUUCAGUGUAAUCUUGAGAAUUUCAAAAAGAUCAGUAAAAGUCUUGAUGAAAGUAUAAAUGUCAAAAAAUACAACGAGGCUGAUAUUUUAAAGGUAUACAGUUUGAAUAAAACUCAUGAUGGGAGUUUGCCCGGAUUUUGCGCCAGCUUAGUUAUGCUUGCAAAGAAGAGUAAGCAGCUACAUCUUCUUGGGGAUUCUCCGGAAGAUCAAGCCGUUGUUCGACAAUGGUUAGAGUACGCUGUUUCAACUGCGAAUUAUGUCGAUGUUCCAAAUGUGUCAAGACAAGUGCUGAAGGACAUCAAUACUAACUUAUCAGAGCGUACAUUUGUGGCUGGCAACUUCCGUUCCUUGGCUGAUAUUGUUUUAUAUCACCUGCUGCAUCAAGUUGUUGUUAGCCUUACAUUCCAAGAAAAAGAGCAGUUUGUGCACUUGUCGAGGUGGUACAACAAUCUCCAACAAGAUGGAUCUAUUCGAGGGCCUAAUCCCUUGUUGACAUUUAGUCGAACUCUUCUUUAUUAAAUAAUAGUUAAUUUGGAUUUGCCCCUGUGAAAAAACGUUUUUUAAUUUAUUUAUUUGUGAAGGUUAGGUUAAUAGUUGAAUGUCUGAACAUUAUUCAUUCGCCUCUAUUAAAUUUUAACUCAUUCAAAUUAAUUCUCAUUAUGGAUUACGGAAACUGUGUACUGUAUUUAAAAUCCUUUUUUCUUUCUCAAAUAGAAGCAAAAAUUGGCAAUGGUUGUGAAAUAUACAUCUCUUUAGUGAUAA